UCUUUAAGCUCGACGAUGCUGCCGCCGCGUGCACCAACCGCGCUCCUCUUGCCGUCCCAGCACGCCUCCCCCUGCUCACCAUGGCUCGCUCCACCACCACUGCCUGCCUGCACCUCGUCGCCGUCGCCACGGUGCUCGCCGCUCUCGGUGAGGCGGCAGGGAUCGGGUUCGACCUCCACCACCGGUCCUCCCCCGUGGUGAAGCGGUGGGCCGAGGCGCGGGGCCACCCGGCGGCCGCGUGGUGGGACGAGGCGCAGGGCUCGCCGGAGUACUACUCCGCGCUGUACCACCACGACCGCGCCCACAUAGCCCGCCGCGGCCUCGCCGACAGCGGGAAGGGCCUCCUCACGUUCGCCGACGGCAACAUCACCUACCAACUCGACGGAUCGAUCCACUACGCGGAGGUGGCCGUGGGCACGCCGAGCGCGACGUUCCUGGUGGCGCUGGACACCGGCAGCGACCUCUUCUGGGUGCCCUGUGACUGCAAGCACUGCGCGCCCAUGGACAACAACGCGUCAACGCCAGGUGUUGCGCUCCGGCCGUACAGCCCCGGGAAGUCGUCGACCAGCAAGCCGGUGGGCUGCGGCCACGCGCUCUGCGACCGGCCCAACGCCUGCAACGCCGUCAACAGCAGCUGCCCGUACACCGUCAGGUACGUCUCCGCCAACACCUCCUCCUCCGGGGUGCUCGUGGAAGACGUGAUCCACUUCAGCCGGGAACGGGAGAGCGUCGUCGGCGGCGAGCCGGUGGACGCGCCGGUGGUGUUGGGGUGCGGGCAGGUGCAGACGGGCGCGUUCCUGGACGGCGCCGCCGUGGACGGCCUGCUGGGCCUCGGCAUAGAGAAGGUUUCGGUGCCGAGCGUGCUGGCCGCCGCCGGACUCGUCGCCUCCGACAGCUUCUCCAUGUGCUUCAGCCCGGACGGCCUCGGCCGCAUCAACUUCGGUGACGCCGGCCUCCGCGGCCAGGCGGAGACGCCCUUCAUCGUCAGCAACAGACACCCGACGUACAACAUCAGCGUGACGGGGAUGAGCGUGGCGGGGGAGGCGGUGGCGGCGGAGUUCACCGCCGUGGUGGACUCCGGCACGUCCUACACCUACCUCAACGACCCGGCCUACACGGACCUGGCCACCAGCUUCAACUCCCAGGUCCGUGAGAAGAGGGCCAACCUCAGCGCCUACAUCCCCUUCGAGUACUGCUACGAGGUGACCAGCGGCCAAACGAAGCUGUCCACGCCGGUGGUGACCCUCACGACCGGUGGCGGAGCCGUGUUUCCGGUUAAGGAGCCCUUCGUCAUCAUCGGCGGCCAAACUAGCGACGGCCGGGUCGUCGUCCUCGGCUACUGCCUCGCCGUGCUAAAGAACGACAUCACCGUCGACAUCAUUGGCCAGAACUUCAUGACCGGCCUCAAGGUGGUGUUCGACAGGGAGAGGUCCGUCCUCGGCUGGCACGAGUUCGACUGUUACAAGAACGUGACGAUGGAGAACGACGGCGCGGCCCCCGGGCCGACGUCGGCGACUCAAAUACAGCCGCGGCGGAGCGAAUACCCCGGCGCGGCGCCGGUGUCCCCGAGGCAGCCCGGGUCAGGCGGCAGCCGCCGUGCCCUCGGAGGCCGACUCGCCUUCGCCCUCACGCUGCUGCUUCCCCUCCUGGCCGUGGUCUGACGGGAGAAGCGGUGUACAUAUUUAAAAGUUGGGCUUGAAUUUUGAUGUACAUUCAUACACCACAUACAGUAGGUCGUUCAUUUAUAGAAUGAGUUUUACUGAUUGAUUUGUAAGUGUUCUACGGCUUUGUACCAGGAUCACAGUGGCGAGGCUCAUGUGCCGUGUAUUUAAUUUUUGCGCGAGUGUGCCCUGCUAAAGAUUUCUAUACACA